AUGGCUUACUACAUUGACCAAUCGGCACUUUCUCCUUCUGCCUCCGCUGAAGAGCAAUGGAUCAACAACUUGUUGUCCACGCUGGCGCCCAUGACCACCGCCAACUCCUACUCGUUCAACAUGAACGUUCCAGUGGUGGAGUCAAACUUCUCCACCGCUGACUUCCCCAGUCUCUUAGAAGACAACAGUGUCUUUUCUGGUUCUUCCAGAGCUUCUACAGUUUCCACUCCUCCUAUAAAAGAAGAAGACUGGGACCCUUGCUUGGAGCUGGACAGCCUGGACUUCAUGAACACUGUUCUGUCCAAGCUUCAAAUGAUGCAGCUGAAGAACAACCUCACUCCAAAGGCAUUGGAGUCUAUUUUCGAUACCAAGGACGUACUUAAACAGAGCGUGGAAAGCAGUCCAGAGCAGCAGCAGGCUCCCCAGCCACAGCAAACACACAGACUGCUGAAGAGACGGUGCCCCAGAAAGAGACUUACUGAGUCUCAGAAAGAAGCACACAAUAAGGUGGAAAAGAAGUACAGAGUGAACAUCAACUCCAAGAUCAACAGCUUGCAAACGGUGAUUCCAUGGUUUGCCAGCGAUAACGGGCAGAAGCUGCGCAUGGACUUGAAGGUGAAUAAACUGGUGAUUUUGGAGAAGGCGUUUGACUAUAUUGUGUAUCUUCAGAAAGAGAAUGAGGCCAUGAGGAAGCGUCUCGACAGGCAAUAG